ACUAAUUUCUCAUCUCACGGGAAAAAUGAAGAUUGGAACUCACAAUGGAAGUUUUCACGCCGACGAGGUCCUUGCUUGUGCUCUACUCCGAGUUCUCCCGAGAUUUAAGGACGCAGAGAUCGUCCGAACCAGAGAUCCUGCUCUGCUAGAUACCUGUGAUAUCGUUGUAGACGUAGGUGCCGUGUUUGACGCGGAGCGCCAGCGAUUUGAUCAUCAUCAGAAGACAUUCACACAUACAUUGAAUAGUCUGGAUUCAAGCUACAAGUAUUCAACUAAAUUAUCUAGCGCUGGUCUUGUCUAUUUUCAUUUUGGUAAAGAGAUUAUAUCGACACUGAUUCAAACAGACGCAAAAAGCUCUGACGUCGAUGUUCUGGUCGAGAAGUUGUUUGUCAAGAUCUACGAGAAGUUUAUCGAAGAGGUGGACGCCAUUGAUAAUGGUAUCUCGACACAUGAUACACCGGGCAGAUAUACUAUCAAUACUAACUUUAGUCGAAGGAUCGGAGCUUUUAACCCGUCUUGGAACGAACCUGGGAACGACAUCGACGAACGGUUCCACCGAGCUAUGGCCGUUGCUGAAGCCGAGUUCACGGAUAAAGUUCAUUAUUUCAGCCGAUCCUGGUGGCCGGCGAGAAAGAUCGUCGCUGAUGCUCUUGAACAACGAUUUUCCGCCCAUAAGAGUGGGCAUGCCCUCGUGUUCUUGGAAGGAGGAGCACCCUGGAAAGAGCAUUUGUUUGAACUCGAACUAGAGCAAGGAUUGGAAGGAAACAUCUUGUACACUAUCUAUACUGAUCAAUCUGGUAAAUGGCGUAUACAAUGCGUCCCUCAGGGUCCGGACUCGUUUGAGAACAGAUUGAGUUUACCGGCAGCUUGGCGAGGGGUCAGGGACGAUGAGCUGGCGAAGGUUUCCAGUGUCGAAGGUGCUAUAUUUGUUCAUGCCUCCGGGUUCAUCGGAGGAGCAGAGACGAAGGAGGGGAUUUUGAAAAUGUUGGAGAUAUCUCUUGAGCAAGCUUAACGAUCGCCAUUGAUCGUUAAAAUCAACAAAUGUGAUCUUAAUCAGUGUCUUGUACUUUUUUCCAAGUCAUUCAAGCCAAUGUAUAAUUUACAUGGAAUUUGAUGAUUGAUUUUUUUCUUCAUUUCAGA